GCGUUCUCCGACUAUCUGGCGAGUCUAUUACACUGGUUAAGUGAAGGAGCUCCAGCCGGACUUAAAGUUAACCGACAUCUGGCCAGGCUUUUAGGGAUAUUUUUUCUCUCCCACAUCGCAGCUUGGCUCGCCUAUGUUCAUUGGCUAUUUCACCUUCUAGAAUUCUUUACUGGUUCUCCCGGCUCCGAUGCAGCUUCGGCCUCCACUCAUCUGCAGGGCCAACUGCAAACCAAUCCUAGUGGCUGGCGCAUAAUUUUGGCCGGGCUUAGUCUGAUCUGGGCUGUGGCUCUCUUCUGGACGGUUUUUCGCUUGGGCCUUUUGCCAUGGCAGCGUCGGCUGAGGCAAGAGCGAUGGCUUUUUCUACGAUUCCUGGCUAAAUUUACUUCCCUCUCCAUUCGCCUUAGUCUGGCCCUGCCUGUCUGCAUGAUGAGGGACGCAUUCACUCUUAGUGGUCUGCAUCUCUACUGCUUCUACAUAUAUGCUACAAGGUUGUUUCGUCUUCAGCUUCUUACCGUGAGUUCAACCUGGCGUCUUUGUCGCAACGAGACGAAAUGGAACCCGCUGCGUUGCAGAAUCGACGCUUUGCCCGACGACGAGGGCGCUCAACUGUUGGCUGACGUCGAUCGCGUGGUGCACGAGGCUGUGUCACGGAAUCGUGGCUCAUCUUUACCUCAGGAAUCAGAUUCUCAGACAGCUAACUUUGAACCCCAUUUUCCUUUAUCUACCGAAACAGUUUCAGCUUCUGUUGCCGGCUUGCAAGUUGGCAAUCCAACAAUUAUACUCGGAUCCACACCCUCUCUCUCAAAUCAUCAAUCCAUGCGAAUAGAAUCGCCUGGUACGCGGAGAUUAGCCAAAAUUGUGGGCCCCGCGAAACAGAUUGAUCGCAUGUUUCUUGCCACUCUGUUGCUAGCUUCAGGCACUUGCUUCUUGCCUACUACUUUGGCUUUUUACGCAAUUUUUGCCAUGGUAAUAUUGUCUAAUAUGCUUUGGCUUAAAUGUUAG